AUCGACAGGAGGAAAGGGAAGAAUGAGGAAGAACUGCGCUGCGCGCGUCGUCGGGACGAAUGCGGGUUUGCUGAUGAAGCGCCGUACCGAUCAUCCGAUCAUACAGGUCACACCGCAUGGAAACCAGGAGCAGCCGCCAGCACACAGCAACAAAUAAAAAAAACUGCCAGUGCAUGGGAAUCCGGACUCCUCUCCCCUCCUUUUGUGCGUCUCGCUCGGUGCGUACGCCGCCUUGCCUGGCAUAUAAGAGCUCCCUGCGUCUCCAUUCCUCUCCCUCACUACUGGGUCACUACUCCUACUACUACUGCUGCACCUGAAACUGCUCCUAGAGCCGCUCUCUCCGCCGGCCGGCUGUGGGCACUCAGUGGGCACAAAGGUUCACCACCUUCUUUAAUCGCCAUUACACAGUACUGGUCUGGACAUCAAUAUGGGUUGUUGUGAUUGCUCCGCUGUCAUGUCCCACACUCUGAGGCUCACCAUCAUUGCAGCAAUCCUUCUCCUCAAGCUCCACCCCUCAUUGGCUGGAGCCCCUCCUGAGCCGAGCCCGGAUGGUUCUGUUUCUGCCGUGUCCACCAAUAAGAGUGAAUGCAGCGAGGCUGAAAAGUGCUCCAAAGGGGUGAUCUUACCAGUUUGGGAGCCCCAAAACCCAUCAUUUGGUGACAAGGUUGCCAGGGCAACUGUUUACUUCGUUGCUCUGGCAUACAUGUUCCUGGGUGUGUCAAUCAUUGCUGACCGGUUCAUGGCAUCAAUAGAGGUCAUAACGUCACAGGAAAAAGAGAUCACUAUCAAAAAACCCAAUGGGGAAACCACUACCACGACUGUCCGGAUCUGGAAUGAGACCGUGUCCAACCUCACCCUCAUGGCUCUGGGUUCCUCAGCUCCUGAAAUUCUGCUGUCUGUCAUAGAGGUUAUAGGUCAUGGGUUUGAUGCUGGUACUCUGGGCCCUUCCACCAUUGUGGGCUCUGCAGCAUUCAACAUGUUCGUCAUCAUUGGACUAUGUGUGUACGUGGUUCCUGACGGUGAGACGAGGAAGGUCAAACAUCUCCGCGUCUUCUUCGUCACCGCCACCUGGAGUAUCUUUGCCUACAUUUGGCUCUACCUGAUCCUGGCUGUGAUCUCACCUGGAGUUGUACAGGUGUGGGAGGGGCUUCUGACCUUCUUCUUCUUUCCCAUCUGCGUGGUGUUUGCCUGGGUUGCUGACCGCCGCCUGCUUUUCUACAAGUAUGUGUACAAACGCUACCGGACGGGCAAACAGCGUGGCAUGAUCAUCGAGACAGAGGGUGAUCGUCCACUUCCUUCAAAGGUGGAUAUCGAGAUGGAUGGGAAGAUGCUGAAUUCUCAUGGUGUUGACUUCCUGGAUGGUCCUCUGGGUUUGGAUCUGGAUGAGAAGGAUUUGGAUGAGGAGGAGACACGAAGAGACAUGGCCAAGAUCCUGAAGGAGCUGAAACAGAAACACCCUGACAAGGAGGUGGAGCAACUGAUUGAGCUUGCCAACUACCAGGUUCUGAGCCAGCAGCAGAAGAGCCGUGCUUUCUAUCGAUGCCAGGCCACCCGACUGAUGACAGGUGCUGGCAACAUCUUGAAGAAACACGCAGCUGAUCAGGCCAGGAAGGCUGUCAGCAUGCAUGAGGUUCGGUCUGAUGCUGGUGACAGUGACCCGAUCUCCAAAAUCUUUUUCGAGCCCGGUUCCUACCAGUGCCUAGAGAACUGUGGUACAGUGGCAGUAAAUGUGGUGCGCCGUGGCGGCGACGUGGGCAAGACCAUUUCUGUGGAGUACCGUACAGAGGAUGGCACUGCCAACGCUGGCUCGGACUAUGAGUUCACAGAGGGCGUGGUGAUUUUCAAGCCUGGUGAGACUGCAAAGGAGAUUCGUGUUGGUAUCAUUGAUGAUGACAUUUUUGAGGAGGAUGAAAACUUCCUGAUUCACCUCACUAAUGUCAAGAUAUUGACAUCUGAGGGGGAUGAACCUGAAGAGGGCGAAUCUGCAAAUCACGUGGACUCAGUGGCCUGCCUUGGCAUACCCUCCACCGCAACCAUUACCAUCUUUGAUGACGACCAUGCCGGUAUCUUUACAUUUGAGGAUCCAGUUUGCCACGUCAGCGAGAGUGUUGGCACUAUGGAGGUGAAGGUCUUGAGAACAUCGGGGGCUCGCGGCGUGGUCAUGCUACCAUACAAGACAGUGGAGGGAACAGCACGAGGAGGUGGCGAGGACUUCGAGGACACUCAUGGAAUCCUGGAAUUUCAAAACGAUGAGAUCUUGAACACCAUAACCGUUAGGAUCUUAGACCGGAAGGAGUACAAUAAGCAGUCCUCCUUCUACAUUCUGCUUGACAUCCCACAAUGGAGACGCAACAAGAAGGGACGGACAGAGGAAGGACAGAAAGGAGAAGAGGAGGAAGAAGAAGCACUGGCAGGAAAAGAUGAAGAGGAGCUGCGCAUUGCAGAGAUGGGCCGCCCCAUGCUGGGAGACCACGUCAAACUGGAGGUCAUCAUAGAGGAGUCAUACGAAUUCAAGAAUACAGUGGACAAGCUGAUAAAGAAGACCAACCUGGCUCUGUUGGUAGGAACCAACAGCUGGAGAGACCAGUUCAUAGAAGCCAUCACUGUGAGUGCAGGCGAGGAUGACGAUGACGAGGAGUGCGGCGAGGAGAAGCUGCCUUCAUGUUUUGACUACGUCAUGCACUUCCUCACAGUGUUCUGGAAGGUUCUGUUUGCCUUCGUCCCGCCAACAGAGUACUGGAACGGCUGGGCCUGCUUUGUCGUCUCUAUGUGCAUGAUUGGACUGCUCACUGCCAUCAUAGGCGACCUUGCCUCUCAUUUUGGCUGCACAGUGGGCUUGAAAGACUCCGUCACAGCAGUCGUUUUUGUUGCACUGGGAACAUCUGUACCAGAUACAUUUGCCAGUAAGGUAGCUGCUAUGCAGGAUCAGUACGCAGAUGCCUCCAUUGGUAACGUCACUGGCUCCAACGCGGUCAAUGUUUUCCUGGGUAUCGGGGUGGCGUGGUCCAUCGCUGCCAUCUACCACCACAGCCGGGGAGAAGUGUUCCGGGUGCAGCCGGGCACGCUGGCCUUCUCUGUCACGCUCUUCACCAUCUUUGCCUUUAUUUCCGUCUCCACGCUGAUGUACCGACGGCGGCCAGAGAUUGGCGGGGAGCUAGGUGGGCCGCGGACUGCGAAAGCCCUGACCACUAUGCUGUUUUUCAGCCUGUGGCUCCUCUACAUCGUGUUCUCCUCCCUGGAGGCCUACUGCCACAUCAAGGGCUUCUAAAAGGGACGAAGACGACAACGAGAUGAGCAGGACAGAAGGAGAACAGGGAUGAUGAAAACAAGGGGAGUCUGAUGAAGUUACAGCUGUCUCAUUGAUCUAUCACUCCCUCCCUUAUGCUACAAAUUGAAUGAUUUAUGAAUGGACAGAUGUAUAGAUAAAGGAAUUGAAGAUGUAUUGAAGCUUCUAAAAAGAGAAUGCAAAGAAGCAUGAAUGAAGGGAAAGACUACUACGAGGAGGAGAACAUUAGGCGCAAAACAAGCAGCUCAGAAGAUGCAGAAGCGAAAGGAGAAGUGUCAGGAUAGUUUUUGUUGUUGUUGUUGUGAUUUAUAAAUCCUAACCAUCAAAUAAGUCAUUUUCAGGUACAUGAAAAACUUGGUCACAACUUCUGCAAACGUAACCAAUCAAAAUCACAGCGUGUCCCAUGUUCAGCCAUAAAGACUGAUUUUUGACACAAGAGAGAGCGCCACCUAGAGGUCCAGACUAACACACAUUCACAGCCAUUCAUUUUAGAGGUGUGGCUUCAACAACUGCAACGCCAUUGAGCUUUGGUCUGCUAUAGUAACUGAGCAAAGGCGAGCACCAGCGACAGAAGAAGAAAAACUGUUACUUUGUACAUGCAUGAGCAAAUGAUACUGAAAACAGCCAGAAACCAGGCUGUUUAAUGACUAACUGUGGGUGUGCUGGUGUGUGACUGUGCGUUCAUGUGCUUCUGCAUUGCUGGAAGAUGGUAAAGUACUGUGAAAAACGCCUCUUGUUUUGCUGCCGCGGUGUGCCAUGGAAUCUUGCGUUCGUUUUCGAGGUCAUUUCGAUGCUCGUUUUCCCGGCCUGUAGAAAUGCUGAGCAACCUCUUGCUGGAGGACGCGUUCAACAAAGCAAACCGGUUUUAACACCAUCGGGGAUAUGUUAAUACAAAGAACUGAGGAUACUUCACAGCUCGGGUAUUUUCCUCUGAAUGUCUUGCUUGCUAGGCCUUUGCCGUUGAACGGAUCCUCUUUCUAUUGUUUGCUGUAUACUGUAGAUGUAAAUGAUUUAAGGUCUAAUUUGAAUCCAGGAGUUAGUAUGCUUUUACCUUUAAAAAGGCCACGUCCGAGAGGACAAAAGGCCGCUCUACCGUUUAAAACUGUUAGAGAAACUAUUAUCAUAUCGAGGUUAAACUUAUAUUUAUUCUUAAAAGCGUGGAAAUCUGCUAGUUUUCCACCAAUGAGAAUGGAAACCAAGGUGCGUCAGUCAUAACAUUUGCAAUAGACUUUGAAACAUAGGUACCGCCCUCUGUGAACUCUCAUAGGCUGUCUUCUUAAAUCCACCUAUCAUUGCUCAUUUCAGACUCACGCCGCCUUUCAUUUAACAGCUUCUUCCCAAAUUCCUGCGUUCAAUGGAUCUCCCCCAGAUGCUCAGUGGACCAAUCAAAAUUCCUCAAGGGCUUUGUAAGAAACUACUAAUCUCUAACCUGGACCCUUGAAUUAACAUUCUUCACUUUGAUUGAUCUUUCGGGAUCAAUUUGUAAGGGAUUGUUUGAAUACUGGUUUAGGUUUUCGUUCAUUGUGGAUUUAAAAGACAAAGUAGAACAGCAUUUACAUCAGAGAUGUAUCCACAUCAAACAUCCACACUUGUAUUGAUUGUCCGAAGUUCAAAGUAACAAAGUAAGGCAAGGUUUCAACCUUCUACAUAAAACUAUUACAGUUGUUGUUUUUUAUUGAUCAAACACCUAUAAUUUGCAGUCAGCCUUGUGCAAAAUUAAGUCUUUCAUAUUAUGUUCUAAAUCUUUCCUGGAUUAAAUCCAGUCAUUAACAUGUUUCUCAAUUAUACUAAUCAUCAGUUAUGGAUCAGCAACCACUUUUUAAACUCCACAGACAAACACAUUUGUCUAAAAGCUGUUUAUAGAGGUCAACGGAAACAAAGUAAUUGGAAAAAAAGGUAACGGACAAAAAGUAACAGAUUUGGCUAGGAAAAAAGCAACAGGAAAGAAACUAACAUUGGGAUUUAUUUACCAUAUAAAAUAAUUUUUCACGUAAUUAUUUACGUGUUAGGGGUUAGUUUUAGGGUUUCUUAAGUUAUUCCCUCAUACAUGUCAUUUCCUAAUCAGUGAAACAACCAUCAUAAUGUUUUACACUAUGUAACAAACUCAGUGCAUCAAUAUACUCCAUUGGCACGAUACAGUGACACUUUCUCCUGUUACUUUUUGUCCGUUACUUUUUCAUGUUACUUUCUUUCCUACAAUUCCGUACAGAAGCGCUUUGACUAAGUCAAAGGAAAAUUAAAAGUUUCAGUUUUAGUUUUAAGGAAGUUAAAAAUAAGUUUCCAAAUAAGUUGUGUAUACUGAGUGACUACCACAGUAGAUUUUGGCAAUUGACUGACUUGCCAUUUGACCUUGAAGCUUGUCAGGUGGGACCUUGAACGGAUCAGAGUCAAGUGAAGUAAUUUCCUUUUCUAAAAUGAACUAGCAAUUUUCAAAGUAGUAGGUAUGUACUACUGUUCCCCAUUUUAAACCCCUUGUCAAGCGUUUUAAUUGUUAAAUGUAAAAUACUGUAUGAACAUCAGCUUUGAGGAUCAUGAACCAUAUCGACAAUAGAAGACUCAGAACAGGUGGUUAAAUCAAGUACGUGAACAAUAUAUGGAGUAGUUAAUGUAGAUGCUUAUGGAAGGGUUAAUCCACUAACUAAUCAAGAAUAUCAUAAAAUGACAAGAAAUGUAUCUUUAAAAUAUUAGAACACAUCGAGAGUUUAGGCAGAUCUGCCCAGGAAUAUAAAUAUCUUCAAAAAACUGAAGUGUUGUACAGGUUUACACUUUUUUCUGUUUAUGGUAAAUCUUCUGUUUAUCUGUUUAUGGUAGAUCUCAGCUAAUGGGGUGAUUCCACAGAGUGCCCUUCCUUCUCCUUUAAUCCUGAAUAGCAAUUUAGGGCAGGUUCUGAAUCAUUAUACUUCUUGAUCCAUCUUCGUCAAUUUUGCACAAACUCUUUAUACAUAGUAGUUAUGGGCAUCAUCGGCACCAGAUUUGAAAUCAGGAUCCAAUUUUUAAACUUCUCAAAAUUUCAUCUUGAUUCUCAAAAUCAUUGAUAGUAUGUGGUAGCUUCUGGUAUUCACAGUCUUAACGGCUUCAGUCAUGUUCAAACCUCUUUAAAUGGGGUAUUUGUAGUGACUACGACUUGAAACUUGUUAGACUGUGCUCCAUUGGGGUAAAAAUUUGAAGGUGAAGCAGUAUUUGUUGCAGUUUUUGAUCAUGUCUGGCUGCAGGUGCAGUUCGUUUCUUUCAGGCCUGCACUUUAUAAGCCAGCCAUUUGCCAGGUCUGCACUUCAUAAACCAGCCUGUUGGCAGGCAAGCCGGAUUAAGCCGUUUAAUCCCGUUUUUGCACUUUUCUGGAUUGUGGACAAUCAUAGUAGUGCCUCUUGUGGAAUAACCCUGUAACACCAGAUUCAUGCUUCAGUAUUGGCUUUUAAAAAAAAAAGCAAUUUGUAAAGUGGCACUAAUUUGUAAACAUCUGACCAUAUUUUCCUGCUGAUCUUGUUUUUUGUUUGUUUGUUGGUUUGUUUUUGAGUAGUACUUGAUAUAUCGUCGACAGUGUGCUAACAAUCUGACAACUGUCAAAAGUCUAAACGCUACUGCUUGAGCAGGACUCGGAAUUUUAUUUUUGGGAUUUGCCAUAAAUGAUGUCAUUCAUUUAAAGACCCAGACCAGACAGCCGCCCUGUGACUUUUUGCAAAUCAGAGCGUCAUAUUGCAGUGACAGGCUACUUAGUACUAUUUGGACAAACUUACACCACUAAUAAUUAACAUAUAAUCACAAUUCAUGGGGUUCUUUGUUUUCCAAAAUGGAAAAACCAGUCAACUGAAGUAUAAAUGAGAGUUUGAGUUGUUUUUCUUAUAAUCUGCACAAUACAGUUAUCCAGAUGACGUUCCCAUGUGAUGGCCUUGGAGUGGCGGUUUACCCCUGUUUUGCCAAAGGGAAAUCUUUGUAUCACAAACAUACUAUUUGCAGUCCAGCCAAUAGAGGUUUUUAUAACCGACUGAUUUUUUUUUAAUAAGACGCCAGAUAUGAUUCAUUGAUUUCACUGACACGCUGUAAAGAGACAUGUUUUAAAUCUAACCAAAAAUUUCUUAUUGAACUUCUGUGUAUUUGUCUUCACUGGCGUGGAGAUGAAGGUUUAUACACUGUAAAAGGAAACUGUUUGCAUCACCUUUUGUGUAAGUUUAGCAGGAUACAUUGGAUUUAUUUAAAAGGCACCUGCUGCCUAAUUUGAGUGAAUUUGUGCAGGAAUUAAAUGCUUGCAGAAAUGUUGUUUGUAUCAAAUUAGUUUACUACACAAUUUUCCAAAAGUGAACAUUUUUAAUUUAUGGGAAGUUGUUUUUUUUUUUUUUUGCUCGACCACUUCUCCAUGUGUAUCUACCUUGACUUAAAAUGGUCUAAGCCAAUAGCAAACAACUGUUCUAAGUCCUACAGGGUUUGGACCAAAGUAGGAACCUAGUGAGUUUGUAAAAUAAUUGCUGUGGCUUUGCCUGGUUUAUCUGCCAUGACUGUAAGUAACCAACCAAGUUCUUUUUGUUCUAAAGUAAACUGACCAGGCAAAUAGAUGGAGCAAUGCUUGAAUUUUGCUUCCUACCCUAGUUAGGACUACAGACUGAAAAAGAAAGUGGAUGCACUACCCC